UUUAGAGACUAGGGCUUCUUUGGCUUAGCUAGCUCUCUAUUUUUCUCUUGUUUUUUUUCUCUCUUGAUUGGAGUGUCACUUGGGCUCCGCUAUGGCGACGCCCACGGUGCGAAAGGGACUGGUGGGCGUGUUCACCGUGUUCCUGGCUUUCCUUCUCGGUGCUAAGGCCGAGAUUCACCCCGAAGGACACUGCAUCUGGUACGGACUGGGUGACAAAAAUCCCGAAAAAUACGACUCUUACCUUAACUCCGCCUACGAUGGUCCUGCUAAGAAGCUUACUGAUGCCAUGGCCGUCGAUUUGUUGAGUAAACAUUGCCCAGAGAUGGUGGAGGAAAUUCGCCUCCCCGACGGCACCAUCGAGACCUGCUGUGACCCGGAGAACAUCAUGUCCCUGGUCGGCACCCUUUCCCCCCUGGAAAGCUUCCUGACGACCUGUCCCGCCUGCAGCUCCAACCUCAGGAAGAACUUCUGCUAUUCUGCUUGCCACCCCAAGCAGUCGAGCUUCCUUCGGCCCACCAGGCUUUGUGAGACCGAGAGCCACACCUCCAUCUUCUCCAUCGACUUCCUCGUGCAUGAGAGCUACACCCACAGCGCCUUCGCCUCCUGUGAGAACGUGGUCUCGCCGGCACUGAACUCUCCGGCGCUGGACGUUCUCUGCGGCGACGCUGGGAAGAACUGCACGCCCGAAAAGCUGUUCUCCUACUUCGGCAACAACGAGUUCGCUCCCUUCAACAUCACGUACGUGUGGGCGAGCGAGGACCUGGAGGACGAGCCCAACAUCUGGGGCAACGCCACGCUCACCAUGCACCCCUUCGACGUCCCCACCACGCCGUGCAACACCUCGGACCCGGCCAUGCACUGCCAAUGUACCGACUGCCUGCCCUCGUGCCCGUCCGUCCCCGAGCUCCCGCCGCCGACGCAGCAGAAGGAGCCGCCCGUCGUGAGUGUGGACGCCCUCACGCUCUCCCUCGCCCUCGCCUACGCCAUGGUCGCGGCAGCCGUGGUGUCCGCUUCCUGCUUCUGGAGUAAGGUGGACCAGCGAGGAGAAGAGCACCCGGACAACACGGGCGACGCAGGCUGGCAGGAGGUGCUCACGGCCGGCGUCGCGAAGGCCUCCAGGUCCGCGCUCUCGCAUCUCGGAAGGUUCGUGGCGCGGCACCCCCUCCCGUUCCUGGCGCUGGGUCUCGCUCCCGCCGCCUACCUCGCGUCCCAAGGAUUUUAUCCCGAGCUGACGACUGAUCCCCUGGCAGUGUUUGCUUCGUCAGCUUCGAAGUCGAUGCAAGACAAGCUCUACUUCGAUUCGCAUCUCGGUCCCGCCCACAGAGCCGCCCAGCUCAUUCUCACGCCCAAGAACUACGAUGGGUUCAACGUGACGCUGGGCCAUGGCGAGAGUUACCGAUUCGGGCCUGCGCUCAACACUUCCUUCUUGCUCGAGGCCAUGGCGCUGCAGGGGGAGCUAGAGAAGCUAACAGGAACUUUCGAAGGACAAAGCGUAGGACUCAAGGACGUGUGUGUGAAGCCCCUAGCGCCCCAGGCCGACGACUGCUUCAUCCACAGCGCCCUCAACUACUGGCAGAAUGACCCAGAACGCCUGCAGGAGAACAUCGCCCAAGGCAUCGAGCAGUUUGCUCAACACCUCGUCCUCUGUGUAAAGCAACCGAACCAAGUAAGUCCUGAGUCGUGCCUGGGAUCCUUCGGAGGUCCCGUGCCCCCUUACACGUCCCUGGGAGGCUUCCUGGAGGAGGGCGAAGUCAGCCUGGAGGAGGCGAGCUACACCGAAGCGACGGCUCUCAUCUUGACUUUCUUCCUCGAGGCCGCGGGCAACGAGUCGGCUCUCGGUCCCGUCUUGGAGUGGGAGAAGCUAACAGGAACUUUCGAAGGACAAAGCGUAGGACUCAAGGACGUGUGUGUGAAGCCCCUAGCGCCCCAGGCCGACGACUGCUUCAUCCACAGCGCCCUCAACUACUGGCAGAAUGACCCAGAACGCCUGCAGGAGAACAUCGCCCAAGGCAUCGAGCAGUUUGCUCAACACCUCGUCCUCUGUGUAAAGCAACCGAACCAAGUAAGUCCUGAGUCGUGCCUGGGAUCCUUCGGAGGUCCCGUGCCCCCUUACACGUCCCUGGGAGGCUUCCUGGAGGAGGGCGAAGUCAGCCUGGAGGAGGCGAGCUACACCGAAGCGACGGCUCUCAUCUUGACUUUCUUCCUCGAGGCCGCGGGCAACGAGUCGGCUCUCGGUCCCGUCUUGGAGUGGGAGAAGGCAUUCCUCACCUUCCUGCAGGAGAGAGCUGGCGACGAGGCCCUCAGCCGCGGCAUGGACAUCGCCUUCAGCGCCGAGCGAGGGGCCGAGGACGAGCACGUGAGGGAGGGCGUGGCCGACCUGCCCGUCUUCCUCGGCGUCUGCCUCGCCAUGUCCGCCUACGCCGCCCUCGCCCUCGGCAGGGUGUCCGCUCAGUGCAAGAGGGUCUUUAUUGACAGCAAACUGGGGCUGGCUCUCGGGGGGGUCGUCGUGAUCCUCGCCUCCGCCGUGACCUCCGUCGCCUGCGUCAGCUACCUGGGCUUCGCGCCCACCGUCUUCGUCGUCCAGCGAAAAGACCCUGAGUGCCAUCCAGACGCUGACCGCGGGCGCGCCUUCCCCAACAGGUGCUCCCGUUCCUGA